CAUGAAAUUCUAAAUGAUUUGGUGAUGAGCUGAGCUUGCCAUGCAGGCAAUAAAAACUGUGGAAAAAGAAGUGACUUUUAUAAAAGAAACACUUUUCACAGAAUCUUUCCUAAAGAAACGGGAGUGCAGCAGGAGCCCGGCGAGCGGGCGGCUCUGCGAGCAGCAGCAGCCAUUGGAAGGAGCUGUCUGCGGCUCUCAGUGCUGUACUGAGCAUGUCCCAGCGGAGCCCAGUGCGAGCAGCACAUUAUGCAAAAAGGCAGCUCUAGCAGAUGGGAGAGAGGCACAGCAAGCCUCUGCUGCCCUUGCAUCACCACCGCUUGAAAACAAACCCGGAUCGCUAGAGGGGAGCUCGCCGGCAGGCCAGAGGGAUGAAAUCUGGGAGCAUGGCUUGAUCGCCAAAGGUGCUGCACUGCGAAAAAUCAUGGGGAAUCAAGAUGGGAAGCUAAAGAAAAAUGCAGGUGAUGUGCAUGAAGGAGGAGAGGAUGUCUCUGGGCCCAAGGAUACAGAAGGCACAAAGAAGGUAUUGGGAAGCAGAAGGGGGCUGGGGAAGCAUGCAAAAGGAAGUGAAUCUGGUAAGAAGAAGGGUAAGUCGGACUCGAGGGCCUCAGUGUUUUCAAAUCUGAGGAUCAGGAAAAAUCUGUCCAAGGCUAAAGAUGGGAAUAGUAGUUCACGGGAGGAUGUUUUGGAAAGCCAGGCCCUGCAGGCUGGAGAGCUGGACAGUACUCAUUCAAUUGUUACCAAAACUCCAGAUAUAAGCAUCUCUGCAGAUGAAGGGGGUCUCUCAGACACAGAUGUUGAACAUUUUGAAAUCAGAAAUGAAACUGUCCCAGCUGCUGCGGAGGCACAGGAUGGACAAAGGACCAGCUCUGGCUCUGAUACGGAUAUAUACAGUUUCCAUUCAGCCGCAGAACAAGAGGAUUUGCUUUCUGAUAUCCAGCAAGCUAUUAGACUGCAGCAGCAGCAGCAGCAGGGGGCAAUUAACAUUGGAACUGAGGACCUUGUCACCAAAACAAUGGGCCGACACAUGGCUAAUUCGGAAGCAACCCCCUUAGAUUUUGAACGGUUUCUUUCAGUAACUACCACGGACAAAGAGAGGAGCCCAGACACUGAGGGGGCUUCUCCAGCGAUAUCUGAAAUUGCAGAAAUUGUUGCUGUCUCCUGUGCAACUGAACGUGAACUGAAAGCAGUGGAAAAUGGCACAGGCUCUCCUGAUAAGGACUUAUUUAAAACACAAGAACGUAAGCUAUUGAUUGAGGAACAAGAACAGCUCAUUUCUGGAGUGGAUGCUAUAGCUAGUGAACUGGAAGGUGAUUUAAACAGAACUGUGGUAGAAAACAGCUCUCAGACACACAGCUCCACACAACCUUUUCCAACCUCGGUAGCAGAUGCUGAGACUAAAACUGCUGAAGUGCAGGCAGUUGAUUUGCAGGGCUCGGUAACAGAGGAUGGUAUUUCAGAAGCAGGCCGUGAUCAUGAUGCUGAGACUCAGGAAGGGAAACACACUCUGUCAGCCAGUCAAGAGGACCUGCAUAAUGGUUUACCCAUGGAAAUGAAAAAUGGCAUUUUGUCCUCCGAGGGGACAGCAGGCAGCCCCGUGCCUGGUUCCCGAAGCUUUAAGCCCUAUCUAAUUAAUCCUUGUUACAUCAAAACCACAACUAGGCAACUGAGUUCUCCCAAUCACUCACCUUCUCCCUCUCCAUCCCAGAGCCCUCUUUCUACAAGGAGGCAGGAGUCCUUCCACAAAAAAGAAAAAGUCUCGAUCAAGAAGAAGAGGUCUGCUAGUUUGGCAGGUUUAUUUAGUCGGUCUGCAGACUGGACAGAAGAAGUGUCUAAUCACAAAUGUGAGAUAACACAGAAGGUGGGCUCUGCAGGCUACUUGGAGCACAAGGGGUUUAGAGAGAAAUUUCAAACAGAAAGAGUGCCUUUGACUCAUUCAAGAAAGUCUUCAGGGGUGCAGGCUUCUACAGAGACGUUUCCCAAUGUCUUUUCAGGACGAACUCUGCUGGAAAAACUCUUCAGCCAGCAGGAAAAUGCACCACAAGAAGAAGCAGAAAAACUAUGUUCUCGCAUUAUUGCAAUGGGUCUUUUGCUUCCAUUCACUGACUGCUUCAGAGAACCAUGUAACCAGAGUGCACAGCAAAGCACACCCACUUUUGAUCAAGACCAGCUUUAUACUUGGGCUGCAGUUAGCCAACCCACACAUUCAUCAGAUUACAUCGAAGGAAGCUUUCCAAGGAGAAUUCCAUCUGCAUGGCCCCCACCCAAACCUCCAGAUGAAGAACAAAGGCUUAAAAUUACAGAAGGAGAGUUGAAAUCUACUGUCCUAGAAGCAGAGAAACAAUGCAUAGAUGAUGUUCGUCAGGACGAUUUUGAAGUGAAAUAUGAGGAGCGUGCUAGUGUCAUCCAACAACUUGAGCAAACUAUUGAGGAUCUGAGGACCAAAAUUGCAGAACUAGAGAAACAGUUCCCUGCUGCAGAGGUACAGACUGCUGGGAGGAAGGAGGAAAAUGAGCACACGCAUGUGGUCUGUGGGGAACUCAGCAGCAUGACUCUUCAAACAGACAAAGAAGAGACUGCACCCAGAACUGUGUCACAAGCAAGAUCUGUACAAACGUCACCAACAGAGGAUUAUUUCACACACACAAUGCCUUCAGCCAAUGCACUGCCACAGCCACCUCCCCCACCGCACUUAGAAGGGGGAAAAGCGGAAGAGCCAACUCAGAAAUUGCCAGCUCUAGAACUGCAGCCCAUGUUUUGUUCUGAAAUUUCCUUAAUUCUGUCACCGAAGCUCAUCUCAAUGCCACUGGACGCAAGCCAAUUAGUACAGAGUAUGCCACAGUCACCUCUUCCAGGACCUGACAUCAAUUUGUCCCUUACAUUUAAAGGAGAGACUGAAAGAUCAGCUUCUCAUCAGUCUCUAAGUACAGUAGAUGUGACUGGUAGUGAACAUCCACCUUUGCCAUUGGAACCCACAUGUAGCAUUCCCCCAUCACUGCCAGCCACCGAACCAGCUGCUCCCCUCUCUGGAGCACAUGGCCAUUCCCUUGCCACUUCCACAUCCAUGGCACCACCCCCAUCACCCCUGCCUGGCUCAGGAAUCUCUCCUGCUGGCACAGCAGUGCCACACCUGGACGAAUCUCUGUCUCUGUCACAUCCCCCACCUCCUCCUCCUCCUCCUCCAGCACUUUUGCCAAGUGGGGAGAUAGCAAUGCUGCCUCCAGCUCCUCCUCUCCCAUGUGCUGGAGGCACACUACCACCUCUACCACCACCUUUGCCAGGAGCAGGGGUCGCACCCCCUCUGCCCAGUUGGGGCAUCCUGCCACCCCCUCCACCACCACCUUUACCUGGAACUGGUGUCCCUCCCCCACCUCCUCCUCUGCCUGGUCUGGGAAUGCCAGUCCCACCCCCAGCACCACCUCUGCCGGCAUCGGGACUUCCACCACCUCCCCCACCCCU